AUGUCUGGAAAGCUGCGUUUACUGGGAAUGUUCGAGACGUUCAUCGCGCAGUGGACGCUGGAGCGGUGGGGCGCGUGUGCAUGUGCUUGUUACUUCCACGCAAAAUCAUACACGCAGUGGGAACCGGAUGCGCUUGACAAGAGUGCUUUACACAAGGCCGCUAUGAACGGCCACAUUCAAUGCAUGGAAGCUCUGGUAGAGCGAGGCUGGGAUGUGAACAAGGCAGACGCAAGUGGCUGCACUGCAUUGCAUAUUGCGGCUAAGAGCGGCCAAAUGGACGCCGUCAAGUGGCUCGUUGACCAAGGAGUCGACAUCCGCGUCAAAUCGAAGAAAGGAAACACGGCGAGACAAAUGGCGAGUAACUCAGGGAAUAGGGUAGCGGCACCUAAUUCGGAACUUUUCCGGUCACGCCUGGAAUUAGAGCCGGGUUUCUCAUAA